AUGAACACUGAGGAGCUGGAGUUACUGACUGAUUCCAAGUACAGAAACUAUGUAGCAGCUGUUGACAAAGCACUGAAGAACUUUGAAUAUUCCAGUGAAUGGGCAGAUUUGAUAUCAGCACUGGGAAAGCUAAACAAGGUGCUACAGAACAACGCGAAGUACCAGGUGGUGCCGAAGAAGCUGACUAUAGGCAAGCGCUUAGCGCAAUGCCUUCACCCAGCUCUGCCGGGAGGGGUUCAUCGCAAGGCACUUGAGACGUAUGAGAUCAUUUUCAAAAUCAUUGGACCCAAACGCUUGGCCAAAGAUCUUUUCCUCUACAGUUCUGGACUAUUCCCACUCCUUGCCAAUGCUGCGAUGUCUGUCAAGCCAACGUUAUUGAGUCUGUAUGAGAUUUAUUACCUCCCAUUAGGGAAAACACUGAAGCCAGGACUGCAAGGACUGCUAACUGGGAUUCUGCCUGGGUUAGAGGAGGGGUCAGAGUAUUAUGAGAGAACAAACACACUGCUGGAGAAGGUUGCCUCAGCCGUGGAUCAGUCAGCAUUCUACAGUGCGCUCUGGGGUAGCCUCCUCACCAGCCCUGCGGUUCGCUUGCCUGGCAUCACCUAUGUCCUCUCCCACCUAAACAGGAAGCUUUCAAUGGAGGACCAACUCUACAUAAUUGGCAGUGACAUUGAAUUAAUGGUGGAAGCAGUAAGCACAUCAGUGCAAGAUACCAGUGUUUUAGUACAGAGGAGCACGUUGGACCUUAUCCUUUUUUGUUUUCCUUUCCACAUGAGCCAGGCAACACGUCCAGACAUGAUCAGAAUUUUGUCAGCAGCCCUUCACGUAGUCCUCCGCAGGGAUAUGUCACUCAACCGAAGGCUUUAUGCAUGGCUUCUAGGACCCAGAAGUACAAGGCACAGUAAUCCUGAGGAGCAUGCUACCUACUAUUUCAACACCUUCUCUAAGGAGAUGUUAGUCCAGGCAAUGGUUGGAAUAUUACAAGUUAAUGGGCAUGGAGAAGAAAGCACAUUAAUGCAAGACUUAAAGCCUUUUCGAAUUCUUAUCAGUUUGCUGGAUAAGCCUGAACUAGGCCCUGCCAUUCUAGAGGAUGUGUUGAUUGAAGUGUUUCAGACAUUGUAUACACAGUGCAAAGCAGAACUGGAGCUUCAGGCAGAGCCUUCUUUCAACAAAGAUCACACACAGCUGAGCAGCAAACUGAGAGAAAACAAGAAAACAGCAGAACUGAUUAAAACUGCCAAUCUUCUCUUUAAUUCCUUUGAGCCUUAUUAUAUGUGGGAUUACAUCGCUCGUUGGUUUGAAGAAUGUUGUAGGAGGACAUUACAUGCCAGACUUCAAACUGGGCCUGGAGGUGGUAGUGAGCAGUCUGAGUUCCCCCUGACUAACUUCUGCUUGUUAGUGGAUUUUUUGUUGGAUAUAGUUUCUUUGCCUACUAGAAGUAUGAGAGUGCUGUGUCAGGAGACUUAUAUUGAAAUACAGACAGAACACUUGCCCCAGCUGUUGCUCAGGAUGAUUUCUGCCUUGACGAGCCAUCUGCACACUCUGCACUUGUCUGAGCUUACUGAUUCUCUCAGACUCUGCUCGAAGAUUCUUAGCAAAGUUCAACCUCCUUUGCUCUCUGCUGGUACAGAUGGUACCCUGCAGCUUCCUAGUGGGCACAGCAGCUCCAUCAAAGAAUGGGAAAACAAAAAGGUGCCAUCAGUUUCACUUGAAAAUCCUAGUGAUGUGUUUGAAGAUGGUGAGAAUCCUCCAAGCAGUCGAUCAUCAGAAAGUGGCUUCACUGAGUUUGUCCAAUACCAGGGAGAUACAUCUGACGACAUUGAUAGAGCACUGAACGAGGGCCACGGUGCCCCUGGCAUUCCUAUUGUGGGUAGUACAUCCUCAGAGACUGAGACAGCAUCAACUGUGGGAUCUGAGGAGACCAUUGUACAGCCUCCUUCCAUAAUGACACAGGGGACAGCAACUCGGAGCGGGAAAACGAUCCAAAAGACUGCAAUGCAGUGCUGCUUGGAGUACGUCCAGCAGUUUUUAACCAGAUUUAUUAACCUGUAUAUCCUUCAGAGUAAUUCCUUGUCUCAGCCCUUAGGGGCAGAGCUUCCAGCAGACUCUGCUAGAGAGCAGGGACAGACCACAAAAUGGGACAGAGAAUCACAGGUGGAUGCUAAGGUGAAGAAAGCAAACAAGAAAAAGCCACCGAAAGAAUACCUUCCUGCCUUCAUUGCUGCUUGUCAGCUGUAUCUUGAAUGUUCAAGCUUUCCUGUUUACAUUGCUGAAGGAAACCGCACUUCAGAGUUACAUCCUGGGAAGCCUGAAGUUGACUGUGAACAAGUGCAACCUCCUCUGUGGCUACAGACUUUAAUGAAUGCUUGCAAGCAAUCAAGCAAUUUCAGUGUUCAGGGUGUCACUAUUUCCCUUGUGAUGGACUUGGUUGGAUUGACUCAAUCUGUUGCUCUCGUCACUGGAGAGAAUGUGAACAGUGUGGAAACUGCUCAGCCUCUUAGCCCUAGCCAGGGAAGAGUUGCUGUGGUCAUCAGACCUCCUCUUACUCAAGGCAAUCUGAGAUACAUGGCUGAAAAGACAGAUUUCUUCAAGCACAUAGCUUUAACGCUUUGGGACCAGUUGGGUGAUGGAACUCCUCAGCAUCAUCAGAAGAGUGUGGAGCUCUUCUACCAGCUGCACAACCUCGUUCCAUCCUCUAGCAUUUGUGAAGAUGUUAUUAGUCAGCAGUUGACUCACAGAGACAAGAAAGUAAGAAUGGAAGCUCAUGCAAAGUUUGCAGUGCUGUGGCACCUCACCCGUGACCUUCAUAUUAACAAAUCUUCUUCCUUCAGCCGCACCUUUGACAGGUCUCUGUUUAUCAUGCUGGACAGCCUUAAUAGCUUGGAUGGUUCUACAUGGUCAGUAGGCCAAGCCUGGUUAAACCAAGUGCUUCAGAGGCAUGAUAUUGCAAGGGUUCUUGAACCUUUGCUCCUGCUACUUCUCCAUCCAAAAACUCAACGUGUUUCUGUUCAGCGAGUGCAGGCUGAAUGUUACUGGACUAAAUCUCCCUAUCACCCUGAAGAAGAAAAUGAAAAGCACUUUAUGCAGAAGUUUAGCUGUUCUGAUGGUAUCCAAGGACAACUUAUUAUACCUAAAGAAAGCAAUGAAAAACAGCUUGCUGUGGAUGAAAUGGAGAACUUCAGCCUGACUGUCAACCCUCUGAGUGACAGGCUUUCCUUGUUAAGUACCAGCAGUGAGACCAUACCUAUGGUUGUCUCUGAUUUUGACCUUCCUGACCAUCAAGUUGAAAUACUGCAGAGUUCUGACUCCGGUUGUUCUCAGUCAUCUACUGGAGACAACAUCAGUUGCGAAGUGGAAACAGAAAGCAUGAGUGCCCAGGAUAGCUCUCAGACUCUGAGAGAAGACUCACCUGAUGAAAUCGUGCAACAAGUAGUUACAGAUCUUAUAUGCAAAGUUGUAAGCAGUCUUGGAGAAGAGACUGAACCAGUUAAGCAUAAUCUGCACUCUGAGGAUACUUCGUGUAAAUUGAGUCCUUUAGAUAGCUGUGCAGAGGUGACAAACAGUGAAGAUCAAACUAUUCAAAGUAGCCAGAGCAGUUUGCUUAGUGACAGCUCCCAACUGCUGUCAGCCUCAACUGAGACUGGCCUUGAGAGCUUAAGAGAUGAAAUUUCACGAAAUAACUCUUCACCCUGUAUUGCAGAGAGCCAGCAGUCCCUCUCUGAUUUCACUCUUGCUUCCACCGAGUCAAAGUCCAGAAAGCGAAGCCACAGCAGCAUUCAGUUCAGCUUUAAAGGAAAGCCACCGGAGAAGCUGUCAGAAAAAGAAACCAUUGUUAAAGAGGCUGGCAAGCAACCAGGUGCAAAACCUAAGGUGAAAAUAGCAAAAAAGAAAGAUGAAGAGAAGAAGAAAGCUCAAACAGAAAAGCUUAAACAAACAAACGUCUUCUUUAGUGAUGGCCUUGAUCUAGAAAACUGGUACAGUUGUGGAGAAGGAGAGAUUUCAGAGAUAGAAAGUGAUGUGGGGUCUCCAGGAAUGCGGAAAUCUCCCAACUUCAAUAUCCAUCCCUUGUAUCAACACGUGCUGCUUUAUCUCCAGCUCUAUGACUCUUCCAGGACAUUGUAUGCUUUUUCUGCAAUUAAAGCAAUCCUGAAAACAAAUCCCUCAGCUUUUGUCAGCGCGAUCUCCACUACCAGUGUCAACAACGCAUACACUCCUCAGCUUUCCCUGCUCCAGAAUCUUCUAGCCAGGCAUCGAAUAUCUGUUAUGGGCAAGGAUUUCUACAGCCAUAUCCCAGUUGAUUCUAACCAUAACUUCCGGAGCUCUAUGUACAUAGAAAUCCUUAUCUCCUUGUGUUUGUACUACAUGAGGAGCCACUACCCGACCCACGUUAAAGUCACCUCACAAGAUCUCAUAGGAAACCGUAACAUGCAAAUGAUGAGCAUAGAAAUUCUGACACUUCUCUUUGCUGAGCUGGCAAAAGUCAUAGAAAGCUCUGCAAAGGGCUUUCCUAGUUUCAUUUCGGACAUGUUGUCCAAGUGCAAGGUUCAGAAGGUGAUCCUGCAUUGUCUGCUGUCUUCCAUCUUCAGUGCACAGAAGUGGCACAGCGAAAAGAUGUCUGGGAAGAACAUAGUGGCUGUAGAAGAAGGCUUCUCUGAGGACAGCCUCAUCAAUUUUUCUGAAGACGAAUUUGACAAUGGUAGCACUUUGCAGUCACAGCUCUUAAAAGUGCUGCAGCGGCUGAUUGUGCUGGAGCACAGCGUCAUGACUGUGCCCGAGGAAAACGAAACGGGCUUUGACUUUGUCAUCACAGACCUGGAGCACAUUGGUCCCCAGCAGCCCAUGACUUCUCUUCAGUACUUACAUUCCCAGCCCAUAACCUGCCAAGGGAUGUUUCUCUGCGCAGUGAUACGAGCUUUACACCAGCACUGUGCCUGUAAAAUGCAUCCCCAGUGGAUUGGCCUUAUCACUUCUACGUUGCCUUACAUGGGAAAAGUUCUUCAAAGGGUGGUUGUGUCAGUGACUCUUCAGCUCUGCAGGAACUUGGAUAAUUUAAUUCAGCAGUAUAAAUAUGAAACAGGAUUAUCUGAUAAUAGGCCUCUCUGGAUGGCAUCAGUCACCCCUCCAGAUAUGAUUCUUACUUUAUUAGAAGGGAUCACAACAAUAAUUCAUUACUGCCUCCUGGAUCCAUCUACGCAGUAUCAUCAGCUUUUGGUUAAUGUAGAUCAGAAGCACUUGAUUGAAGCACGGAAUGGGAUCCUGUCUAUCUUGCAUAUGAUCAUGUCUUCUGUAACUUUGCUGUGGAGCAUCCUUCACCUUGCAGAUUCUUCAGAGAAAACAGCUACUGCUGCUGCUGCAUCCAUUACCACUAUUAAUCUUGGAUCAACAAAGAAUUUGAGGCAGCAGAUUCUGGAACUCUUGGGUCCAAUCUCAAUGAACCACGGUGUUCACUUCAUGGCUGCCAUCGCGUUUGUGUGGAAUGAAAGGAGGCAAAAUAAAAAUACUUCUAGAACCAAGGUUAUUCCUGCAGCAGGUGAAGAGCAACUUCUACUGGUCGAGCUGGUUCGCUCUAUCAGUGUGAUGAGAACAGAGACUGUUAUACAAACAGUGAAGGAAGUUCUGAAGCAGCCUCCAGCCAUAGCAAAGGACAAGGACCAAUGGCAUCCUGGGGUGCCAUCGACCAAGAGUGACCCGCCGGGCUCGGGCUUUACAUUCACCAUCAAUCACGAUGCGCCCAGCAGCCACUAUAUAGUUGUACCAGCUGGAACUUCAAACAUAACUCCAUCUGUUUAUAGUGUCCAUGCAUUGACCUUACUUUCUGAGGUUUUGGCUCACCUCUUGGACAUGGUUUUCUACAGUGAUGAAAAAGAGAGGGUUAUUCCUUUGCUUGUAAAUAUCAUGCACUACGUUGUUCCCUACCUCCGUAAUCACAGUGCUCACAAUGCAUCCAGCUAUCGAGCCUGUGUCCAGCUGUUAAGCAGUCUGAGUGGGUAUCAGUAUACAAGGAGAGCAUGGAAGAAGGAAGCAUUUGACCUCUUUAUGGAUUCCAGUUUCUUCCAGAUGGAUGCUUCCUGUGUUAACCAUUGGAGAGCUAUUAUGGAUAACUUGAUGACACAUGACAAAACCACAUUCAGAGAUUUGAUGACUCGAGUGGCUGUGGCUCAGAGCAGUUCCCUCAAUCUGUUUGCUAAUCGAGAUGUGGAGCUGGAGCAGCGUGCCAUGCUCCUCAAGAGGCUGGCUUUUGCAAUUUUUAGUAGUGAGAUAGACCAAUACCAGAAAUACCUUCCAGACAUACAAGAAAGGCUGGUAGAAAGUCUCCGUUUGCCACAGGUGCCCACCCUUCAUUCCCAAGUGUUCCUGUUUUUCAGAGUAUUGCUUUUAAGAAUGUCUCCACAGCACCUUACCUCACUCUGGCCAACCAUGAUCACUGAACUGGUACAAGUGUUUUUACUGAUGGAACAGGAGCUCACUGCUGAUGAAGACAUUUCCAGAACUUCUGGCCCAUCUGUUGCUGGUCUGGAGACAACCUACACAGGCGGCAAUGGUUUCUCCACGUCCUACAACAGCCAGAGGUGGUUGAACCUGUACUUGUCUGCUUGCAAAUUUCUGGACUUGGCCCUAGCUUUGCCAUCUGAAAACUUGCCUCAGUUUCAGAUGUAUCGUUGGGCUUUUAUUCCAGAGGCAUCAGAUGAUUCAGGCUUGGAAGUCCGAAGGCAGGGGACACACCAGAGGGAAUUCAAACCAUACGUGGUGCGGCUAGCAAAGCUGCUGAGGAAAAAAGCCAAGGACAAACAGGAGGACUUUAAGACGGUGGUUUUGGAGGGAAUGGAGAUGGCCAAGCAUCAGAAAAACCCAGAGGAGGACAGCUCAGGGAAAACACUAAGUUGGGAACCAGGUCACUUGCUUUUAACCAUCUACACUGUUCGCAGCAUCGAGCAGCUUUUGCCUUUCUUCAACGUCCUCAGUCAAGUUUUUAACAGCAAAGUGACCAGCAGAUGCGUUGGACACUCAGGGAGCCCUGUCCUUUACCCCAACUGUUUUCCAAGUAAGGACAUAAAAAUGGAGAACCUCAAGACCUUCUCCAGCAAAGCAAGACAAAAGAUAGAAGAAAUGGUUGAGAAGGAUUUUCUGGAAGGCAUCAUAAAAACAUAAACCAAACCGGUACGGCUCAGCU